AAUACUCUCCCCACCUCUCUUUCUUCCUCUCAGUGAGAUCCGAGCAAAAAGGGGAGGGGGUGUGGGAAAUCUAUUUUACGGUAAUUUUUGUCUCGAAAUCCAAAGAGAAUGAGAAUGUAGAAAGAGCAGGAGUGGUAAUGAGUCGGACAUCAAAGGAAUCUCUUCCCGGCGGGAGGAAUGCGGCCGCCGGAUCGCAGCAUCUCCGGCGGGGGAGGGGAGUCCCCGCCGGAAGAGGGUCGAGGGACGUGGACGAAAGCUUGGAUCUCUUCGCGAGGAUCCGCCGGAUCCCGUUGAUCAGUUCCACCACCGAAUCCGGCAGCCAGAGUGCUACAGGGCAAUUUAAAUUGGAGAGAAUGUCGAUCGGAUCGGCAAAGUUGGGAAGGAGUGGAGCAGAUGAUCUCUUAUCAGCUGACAUUGGCGAAACUGAUUAUGAUUGGCUUCUGACUCCCCCUGGCACCCCUCCCUUCUCUUCUUUAUAUGCCAGCGAACACCAACUAUCCUCAACAGUUCCAAGGAGCAGUUCCAAUGUCAGAUCAGUCUCAACAACAAAAGCUUCGAGGUUAUCUGCAUCUCAAUCAGUGAAUGGCCAAUCUACUAGACCAACCAGAAGUGGUUCAGCGACUCGCGCUUCUCUCUCUAGUACAAACUUCUCCAGCUACUACUCUAACAACGAUAGAACAUCAGUCCUCAACACUAGCUCAGCCUCAGUCACCUCUAGACCCACAACCCCUGGCAAACGCCCAACCACUGCAUCCACCACAAGGACAAACUCAAUCCCAGCCUCCCGUCCGGUGCCAUCACGUCCGUCUACCCCUUCCAAAACUCAAACAUCUUCCAGUUCUUCCGGAGACAAACCCAGACAAUCACAAAAUUCUAGACCUUCUACUCCAACAACCCAAACUCGUGUUCUUUCUACUCAUUCCAAUUCUAGUUCAGGCGCGGCACGUUCAAAUUCCAGACCAUCAACCCCAACUCGUCGCAAUCCUACACCAGUCCCAGCUCCAACCACCUCAAACUCCAGAUCAUCGACCCCCAAUCGUCGCACCUCCAUGCCAGCACCAGCUCAAACUAUGGCUCGCUCUCUCUCCGUUGGUCAUGUUCCAAUAACAAAUGGCAGAAACCCUGCAUCCAGAUCACGUCCGAGCUCGCCAGCCCCGCAAACACAAGUUUUCAUACAGCCACGAGCCCGCCCAAAUUUCCCACAUGAAGUUCCAACAAACCUCAGAAACAAACUGCCUGAAAGACCUACUUCUGCCAGCAAGGAACGCCCAGGAAUACCAUUAACAGUCCAGGCAAAUCCAAAUUCUAAGACACCAGCAGCAGCAGCUCCGAUGAGCUCGAAUCGAUGGCAGUCCUCACCCAUCGUCACUCGAGGCAGGAUCUCAGACAAUUCACCAAAGAGCCGAACACACAGCAACGGGCACCUUGUCAGCCAACCUGAAAGCCAGAAGGAUGUUGUAUCAGAGACUGCAGUCGGGAGAUCCAGCAAGCCAGCUUCAUCCACAGAUAGCACCGGAUUCGGAAGGAUGUUCACCAAGAAGUCGCUUGACAUGGCUCUCAGGCAUAUGGACAUCCGGCAAGGCAUUCGCAGGGCCUCUCUCUUCCCUCAGAGCAUUCGUCCAACCACUUCCAAAGGCCAGCCUGGUCCAGCGUCAGACCCGGUAGUUCCCACUGUUGACAAAGCAGCAGCUCUUGGUGAUGAAAGAAUGUUGGAGUUGACCAGUAGAGAUAAUGGAAAUCAUAAUAGAAUGAUCUCUGAUGACAGCAAUUUAGCCAUCUCAGAGGAUGGAGGUGGGGUGGUUGGUUCUGCAAAGAGGGAGUCUAUUGUUGCUGGAGCAAACGGGCUUGAUAUCCAUGAGAGCUCCCAAUAUGAUGCAAUUCUGCACGAACAUGACUCCAAGGACUGGAGUUGGCUGCACCUGCAAAGCACUGAAGUCCAAACAGAGCCUCGUGUUUGAUCAUCAAUCCAAGCCACCGCCAGAUCCUUUCAGCCCGAUUUGACGGCUUAGAUUUUUUGCUGGGCUUGUAAUUUGUAAUUGUUGAUCUUCUCCUGUUUGUGUUAUAUAUGCUUUAGAUAUUGUUCACUCUGGAUUUAAGAUGUUCCACUGUAGAAUUGAUGCUAGGUGUAUUCUUAUAAUUCUAUAAAUUAAUAUCAAGUUCUUUAGAGCAUAUUUGAUA